AUGACGAGGAGUGACUCUGGCAACGACCAUGUCAUCGCAUGCGCAUAUCGCGCCUCUCGUCUGCCCCCAGAGCUCUGGGAUCUCGUCUUGAAGGACUUGCCGAGCACCGACCAACGAAGCUGUCUGUUUGUCUCACGAUUAUUCUGUGAUCUCGCUCGCCCUCUUCUCUUCUCGCGGCUCACCAUCCACUUCGGCUUGUGGACGGCACACAACAAUCGCAAUUAUCCCGCCAGCGAGGCCCGCAUCAUCGAACGACACGACCUCAGGAACGCUGAGCUGUUUCAGCACAUCACGCAUGACGCUCAUUUCGCGUCAAUAGUCAAGGAGAUUGACGUCCGUGCCCAUGAACGGCGCAAAUGGAGCGAUAUCGGAAAUUUGCUCGGUGCGCUCCAAGCGCUUCCACACCUUCGGUCAUUUCGGUGGUACGGCCUCUCGCCGCCCUUUACUAUCUCAAUCCUAGACACGCUAGCCAGGACAUGUGGUCCAACGCUCAUCGAGCUACUCGUUUCGGUCCCAGUCGAUGCGUACGAGGGCGCAUUGCUGUCGUCAUACCGUCCAGAGUUCGUGCGUCUCCAAAGUCUCACCCUAAGAGGCUCAAGCCGCCAGUUUCCCCGGCACAUCAUCCCCGAAAUCGAACGGAAGAUCAAAGCCUGCGUCGUACGGGCGCCAGCCACACUCCGCCGCCUCUCCGUAUCCGUCUAUUCCCUUCUAGACGCCCCGCUACACAUGCUCUCUGGACUGCACACGCUCUCCCUCAAGCAACCGCGCAGCCUCGCCACACUUGGCACCGUCCUCCGUCACUGUGUCCAGUUGCGCACCCUCGACAUAGUAACCGGGAGCGAGCACUGCGAGGACCAGGUGCUAUCCGCGCUCGACGCCAAUCCAGAUGCGCUCCCGCACCUCACGUCGUUCAAGCUCCUCUGCGUGGACGAUGCGUUCGUCGCCGACCACGAGCCGUUCCUCGCGCUCUUCCAGAACAGACCGGGGAUGCGGCGGCUCGACCUGCGCUUCGACAUCCCGUUUGACGAUGUGGACGAGUACACGGAGUUUCUCGACAUAUUUGCGGGGCUGCCGCAGCUAGAGGUGGCCGGGCUCAUGCUCAGGGGAAAGGACUUCACAGACGAGCACCUGCGCAUACUAGAUGAACGUCUCCCCCGCGGACUUUCUGCGUUGCUCUUGCGCUGGGAAUUCGUCGGUCCCAACACUGUGCCCCAGUCAGACUGGAUCACUAUGCUCAAGGGUCGGCCGUCGCUGGGAUAUUUACACAUCCUCGACUCUAUGUGCGGUCUCGACCUGUGCACGCAAUUGCUGGAGGACCGCCCGCCGGCGCUCGAGCUCGUCGGGUACGGCUCCUGCGUAGGUCGGAUCGAGCGUGGAACCGACGGUACAGCGACCUACGGGCCACUGUGGGACCAUGCAAAGCUCAUCUUCCGGACGGCAGAGGACUUCGGGCAAGGGCGUGAGGACUGGGAGUGGCUUCUGCGGGGCCACGACUGGGAGGGGCUGCAUUGCUUGGAGCCGUAUGAUGUGUACAAGGAAUGCGUGCGCCACGCUGCUCAAGCUUGCUAGGCCGGGGAGGUGCCGAAUUCUCUAUGUGUCACGUCCGGCUUCUCAACUUGUCGAUCUCCACGUAAGUUACUCCAGUCCUUUCCACCACCCUUCCCCGCCCUCAACCCGUUCGACCCACUGCUCUUCAAGUACCUUCGCAUGCUGCACGUACGGAACUGUAUCUGGCCUUCUGAGCAGCGUAGCCUGGACGUCGACCUCCGGAUGCUGACAUUCAUGGACGAUAUCGCUCAGGCCGGUCCCCACGACCGCCUGCCCCAACGCAAAGUUUCCGCAUUUGCGGCCUCGAGGCAUCUCCGCCGGCUCCAUGAGGAGGCAGCGUACGCUGGGAUAUGUUCGAGGCAACUUGGGGCGCGGCAGGGGAGCGGCGGGGGGUGUCGGGACCACGGUACCAAGGAGCAUGAUGCUGAGCUGCACGUGCACCCCGAUCGCUUCUGCGAGCUGCUGGACAUGGUGCCGGUUUUCUAUGCGGGAUAGACGGAGAUGCGUGACGCGGGGCGCGAGCGCGGACCAUGAGGAUAGGUGGAGGUCGUGGCCCCCGGCGCGGCGGGGACUCGGACUGAGGUGGAGGUGUGUCGCGCGAGGGAAGACGCUGGCGGGCCACGGCUUUGCGUCGGGGCGUAGGAAAUGGGUAGGCCCUGGCAGACCAAUGAAGGCCACUUCGCGCAGGAGCGGAAAUGUGUGCUCGAGGAUGGGGUAUUGGAGGUCGUCCUGAGAGGCGUGAGGUACCGCGUGAAGAACCAGAGACCACAGGUCCGGCGCGACGAGUCGGACGAGCUCUUGUACGGCGCGUUCUCGGGAGAGGGUCGGAGGCGGAACUAGGGUAGAGUGAUUUGGUGACUGGCCAGCUUCUUGACCCGUUGGACACGGCUGCGGUUCAUUCCGCAAGGCAAGCAGGGUUUGUGUGACCCAAGGGGGGAUGUACGGGACACUAGCCAGAGUCAGAUAUAGGUGACGGACGCGGGGUCUCUCGCUCCCUCCACUGUUGCAUUCGCGCUCGAAGAACGCAACGAACUCCGGGAAAUUCUUGCCGUCGGCGGAGACACGGAGGAUGUGGAAGCGAGCCCGGCGCACCGCAGCACGUAUCUGCUUGGAAGUGAGCGAGAGGGCGUUUCCUGUGAACCCGCCGUCGGUGCAAGCGUGCUCAAAUAUCUGUUGCAGCGUCUCUACCGGAAG